AUGUUUGAUGUUGGUGAUGAUUCUGAAGAGGAGGUGGAACUAUUAUCAUGUCAUCAUCAAAACAAACAAAAACGGGUGGGUGCCAUGGAUAAAUUUGUGAUGAAGAAAUCUGGACGUCAAAAUCAAAAAACUCUCAAUCAAAUGUUUAAGAAAGAAGAGAGAGAUGAUGUUUGUCAAACCAUAGCUCGUUUUUUUUACACUAGUGCAAUUCCUUUUAAUUGUGUGAACAACCCUAUAUUUCCACUCAUGGUUAAGAAGAUUGGGGAUUAUGGAAAAGGACUUGUGCCACCAUCUUACCAUGAAAUUAGGGUGACAUUUUUAAAAAAAGAAGUGCAUGAGACACUACAAUUGGUUGAUGAGUUUAAGGAACAAUGGAAGAAGACCGGAUGUACAAUUAUGUCGGAUGGAUGGUCAGAUAGAAAGAGAAGAUCCAUAUGUAAUUUUCUUGUGAAUAGCCCUAAUGGAACUAUUUUCUUGUCAUCACUAGAUACAUCCGACAUUUCAAAAACAGGUGAAAAGGUUUUUGAGAUGUUAGAUGAGGUUGUUGAGAAGGUUGGAGAAGAAAAUGUUGUACAAGUUGUAACUGACAAUGCUUCUAAUUAUAAAUUGGCGGGACAAAUGUUAAUGGAUAAAAGAAAAGGCUUGUUUUGGACUCCUUGUGCCGCCCAUUGCAUAGAUUUGAUGUUAGAAGAUUUUGAGAAGGAAAUACAAGUUCAUCGUGUUACAAUUGGUAAAGGAAAAAAGAUUGUGGCAUACAUUUAUUCAAGAACCAAUCUUAUUCAUUAG